CUCCACCUCCACAACAUGGACGUAGAACCACUUCCCGACAUCUUGAAAUUCCCCCAGUUGACAAAUCGGUUGGUCAGUUAGGUUGGAAUGCAAAGUGUAGACGUUGGAUGCAACAGCAAUACGUAAGAUGCGUAUUCGGAGUUAAAGUUUACAGUCCAAGAGCUACACGAAAUGCAAACGGACAGUUGGAUCGAUGUAUGAUUGCAAGACUUUGGACGCGUCAGGCAACGCCAAUACCAGGAAGACACAUGCCAGUAGCAGGACAGCCAGGAGUACAUUACGAAGAG